GUGACGUCAUUCAGUUUGAUUCCGGCCCUCUUCGACGUAGGAGAACCGACCGGAGACACUCCGAGUCCGAACGGCGGCGAGCUUAACCCGGCCUGCUUUUAAAGUUCCCGGAGGACGAGGCACAAGGGAACCGAAGCCGCGGCCAAGCUCAGGAAAUUUCUUCGUGUCAUCGUAUUUUUUUAAACUAACACGCCGGCAGAGCUGUUAUUCUGAUAAGGUGUGCCAAACGGGCGUCGUAAAGCUCGUGAGAGAAUCAUCAGAAAAUGGCGGAGCCGGACAAAUUAAACAUCGACUCGAUCAUUCAGCGUCUUUUGGAAGUCAAGGGCUCUCGACCCGGCAAGAACGUGCAGCUGACUGAGAGCGAGAUCCGCGGGCUGUGCCUCAAAUCUCGUGAGAUCUUCCUGAGCCAGCCCAUCCUUUUGGAGCUGGAGGCCCCCCUCAAAAUCUGCGGUGAUGUCCACGGCCAGUACUACGACCUCCUGCGGCUGUUUGAGUACGGCGGCUUCCCUCCCGAGAGCAACUACCUGUUCCUGGGCGACUACGUGGACCGAGGCAAGCAGUCCCUGGAGACAAUCUGCCUGCUGCUGGCCUACAAGAUCAAGUACCCGGAGAACUUCUUCCUUCUGCGCGGCAACCACGAGUGCGCCUCCAUCAACCGAAUUUACGGCUUCUACGACGAGUGCAAGCGAAGGUAUAACAUUAAACUGUGGAAGACCUUCACAGACUGCUUCAACUGUUUACCAGUGGCUGCUAUUGUAGACGAGAAGAUCUUCUGCUGUCAUGGAGGCCUGUCGCCAGACCUCCAGUCCAUGGAGCAGAUCCGCCGAGUCAUGCGGCCCACCGACGUGCCCGACCAGGGUCUGCUGUGCGACCUGCUGUGGGCUGACCCCGACAAGGACGUGCUCGGCUGGGGUGAGAACGACCGCGGCGUCUCCUUCACGUUCGGCGCCGAUGUGGUGGCCAAGUUUCUACACAAGCACGACAUGGACCUCAUAUGUCGGGCACAUCAGGUGGUGGAAGACGGGUAUGAGUUCUUUGCCAAGAGGCAGUUGGUCACACUGUUCUCUGCUCCCAAUUACUGCGGAGAGUUUGACAACGCCGGCGCCAUGAUGAGCGUAGAUGAGACGCUCAUGUGCUCCUUCCAGAUCCUGAAACCGGCAGAUAAGAAGUUGUAUCCGUAUGGCGGCGGUGCUGGGAUGGGAUCGGGAAGGCCCGUGACCCCGCCACGAAAUUCCGCCAAGGCUGCUAAGGCUAAGAAAUAACACCCACUACUGACUCAUCCCCCCGCCCCCCGCCCCACCCCCAAGUUCGCCUGAUGCCCUUUGAUGAUCUUUUUUCUUCCUUCCUACCUCCCAAAUGUCUUUUUCUCCCUCAUACAUUUCACUCAUUUAUUCCCCUCCUGGUCUGUGUGCACGUCGUCACACAGGAAGUUUUUCUUCUCAUUCUCCUUUCCGCCUCUUGGCAAAAUAAGCUGUGUCCACCUUUGAGGUGUACUCACUUGCAUUUUCUAUGUCGUCUUCUCAGGAUGGUGGCUUGCGUGUUAGGUUGGGGUGGGAUUGUGGGGGCUUAUAUAGCGCAUGCUGGCUGGGUGGGUGCAUAGGCGCUAGCCAGUCAAAAAAAGAAGCGAUUUAAAAUGUGAAAUACUUUUUAAUUUUGUAGAUAUUUGAAAGCGACAUGUCCUUUUUUUAAGAUGAAUAAAGAAUCCGGAAUGAGGCAUUUCCCACAUCAGCCCCUCAAAGAUGACGCCAAUGAUCUUGUGAAAAGCUUGUGAAAGACGCACUUAACUAGUUGCUAAAUGAGGUGUGGUGGAGGGUGGGAUUAUCUUGAACGGUCUCUGCAAUUCCGAACACCGGUCCAGAUCACUCGACUGCAGUCUGUAAAAGAUGCAAGAAAGCAGGCAAAAAUCAGCCGCGAUAAUGUUCAACUGCCACAUGGCUCAAUGGCGCUCAGGCCACGUUCACACUUGCUGGUUUGGAUAUGGACCAGCAUUAGAAUGACAGCAAAAAGUGUGGAAAAGACCAGCAUCCAUGUUUGGAUGCAUUUUAAAAUUGCAUUUUAAUAUCGUUUCUUAACAUUUAAACUGGUUUAAAAAUAGCUAGAAUCUAAAAAUAAUGUAUGCAAGGGAACAAAGAGCUUUAACAAAAAAUGAAAUAGUCAUAAACGCGGUCCAAUCAGGUUUAGAAAGAUGGGUAAGUAUGAAUGCGGUGCCAAUGUUUUUGGAAAAAAAUAUGUAAUGUGGGGACAUCAAGUGAAUUGGAGCAGAGUACUGAACUACCGGUACAUGUGUGAGAAUAGUCUGCAUGCAGGGGAACUCUGGAACAGUUCAGUUUCCAUUGGGCAAAACACAGUCCAAUCAUGGCGCAAGUCUGCAAUUGUAUUAUUAUGACUAUUUUUUUUUUUUAAACUGCGCCGCUUUUGUUAGGGUGAUUAAAAUGCCUAGUAUGAACAGUAAACCAGCCAGACUGGCGUGCCAAAGUACAGGUAUGAACAGGGCGUCUGUUCACUUGACUUUGAACGCGGAUCAUCGUUAAAAUGACGAAUCAGCAAUAUUAGACAGCACAAAAAUGCCAAGCGUGAACACUAACCAAAUGGGACCUGUGUACGAGUCGACAGGUAUGAAUAUUAGGGCUGCCACAAUGGCACCUGCCAGCAGCUGCUCUUGAAUAUUUCAAGCUAUGUACAAAAAUUAAUAACAAUUAGGAUGAUAAUACAUUCAAGUUAGAAUAAAUUGAAGGUGAUACGGUGUACAUAACAUUUGUAGCUGUAAAUGUUGAAUGCAUUUUUAAAAUGGAACCAAAAACGAUACACUAUGCAAAGUUGCAGGAAUACUCACAUAGGAGCAUGUGUGCGCUAAUGCUAGCUUCCAGAGACGAUUGUCCCGAUGUCAGAAAUGAAAUUGGGCAUCAGCCACAAAGUGCUUCCUUUUUUAGAUGCUCGUUUAUCACCGCCAUGCUGCCAUCAAAAGGCAGGUUUGCAUGGUGUUUUAAGUAUUUUGGGUGAAAUGCGCCCAAACUUUCGGGCAUGACGCUGGCCGCAUUACCCACAAGGCUUCUGUUUCCAUCACAGAUGACCCGGGUUGCCACUACUGCGCAUGUGCGUCAUAGCCGAGACAAGGCAGGUUCGACAGAAAAAUUAAAUUGUCGACGAUUUUGAUUGUCGAGCUGGUCAUGACUAGUCGAUUAAUCUUGGCAGCCCUAAUGAACGCGUUCGAAAGUGAACUCGGGCACAGUUUGGUUCUGUUGAGCUGUAGUGCCAACGGUGUUUGUCACACCAAAACGUCGUCUAAUUAGGUCGCGACUUGGAGAGAAGCUUUUGGCAUCCAUGCUAAUGGUGAGCAUAAAAGGCUUAAGUCAACCAGAGUCUUGUCAAUGCAUCAGCCGGCACAGUGUGAACACGGACUGACGUUCAGACGACAAAUUACAAAUGUUAAACGGCAUGAGUAGCUGAAUAAACAAAAAUGCCAAGUGUGAAACAGGACAGUCCUCUCCUAAGUGACCUCUGGCACGGUUUGGUUUAUUUGAGUGUGAUUGGAACACAGACCACCCUAAAACAAGAAAUUGUAAAUGUUUCACAGCACGUUACACAAAAUGUCUUGUUGAGACUUGCCGUUUUUUUUUUUUUGUUUUUUUUUCUUUGAUCAAAAUGCUUUUGGUCCAGGCCAGAAUAUUGAACCACAAGUGUGAACGUAGCCUGAAAUGGGGAAUACUACCGGGGUGAGCGGUUACCAUGACAACUAACCAGAGGAGACGGGAAAGAUACGGCGGCCGGUAUUUGUUUGCCUCUGCUUGUUUUUUUUUUUUUUGGGCGGGGGGGGGUUGAUGGGAUAAUAAGAGCCAUAGACAUAAUUAACAUUCAUUAUGCGUAACAUACUAAGCGUGCAUGGAGUCGGUAGUAAUAAGAAUAAUAAUGAUGAUGAUAAGGCAAACAGGGUGUCGCUCCACAUGGAAACAUAUCUUUCUGCAGUCUUUCAGGGUUUCUUCGACUUUUUUCGGCCGCCGCCGCCUCCUCUUCUCCGUUCUUUGUUACCACGUUUGUCUGCAUCCUCCAUUUUAGUCUGGUGAUGAUGACACGUCAGCGCCCAUCCACUGAGAUGAACUCAGGAAGCGAUCAGGAAAACAAACAAAUCAUAACUACGCAGAUACAUGACACCAAAACCUUCAAUCAGUCAAAAAAAAAAAAAAACAUUCAAUAAAGUGUCGCCAGGUAGGAUAGAGAAGGAAAGGCAUGCAAUUUCAGUCCAUGAAGUAGUAAAUUAAGUAAUUAAGGAUUUAUCAAGAAAAAAAAAGGUCCAAGCUGGCCACAUGAGGCCACUUCCUUAUAAACUCAUAAUAGCUGUACAGAGUUGUGCUUCUUUUUUUUUUUUUUUACACCAUUGUCAUUAAUCACUUUUCUUUUGUUCAUACUGUUUUUGCUGAAAAAUAUAUCUCUAUGAUGUACGAUUGUGUUUGUUUUUAAAGGAAAGGAUCAGGGAUGUUUUGCACCAUAUCCUUUCACUGGAUGUGUUCGCACAGCAGCAGAUCAGAUCAUUCCCAUGUUUAAAAAAAAUGAGAGAGAAACAUGUGAAACUAAUAACAAGGAUAUUCUAUUUGUUGAUUUCACCAGUAGUUCUCAACCCAUUGCCAUUUGUCUCUGUUAAAAGUAUAGAAAUUAAAAAAUACAGAGAACUUG